AUGGAAGAUGAGGAGGUCGCUGAGAGCUGGGAGGAGGCGGCAGACAGCGGGGAAAUAGACAGACGGUUGGAAAAAAAACUGAAGAUCACACAAAAGGAGAGGAAAUCCAAAUCUCCUCCCAAAGUGCCCAUUGUGAUUCAGGACGAUAGCCUUCCCACGGGGCCCCCUCCGCAGAUUCGCAUCCUCAAGAGGCCCACCAGCAACGGUGUGGUCAGCAGCCCCAACUCCACCAGCAGGCCAGCCCUUCCCGUCAAGUCCCUAGCGCAGCGGGAGGCAGAGUACGCGGAGGCCCGGAAGCGGAUCCUGGGCAGCGCCAGCCCCGAGGAGGAGCAAGAGAAACCCAUCCUCGACCGGCCAACCAGGAUCUCCCAACCUGAAGACGGCAGGCAGCCUAACAAUGUGAUCAGACAGCCUUUGGGUCCUGAUGGAUCACAGGGCUUUAAACAGCGCAGAUAA